UUCUCCCUCUUGUUCAUUUUCUCAACACUGGAGGAUUCAUGAUGAUAGGAGGUAAAUCCGAUGCCAAAGCUGAUAACAUGCACGGCGUGAAGAAGAAAGUUGUCGAGACUAAAAAAGCGAAAAAGGCUGCCAAGGAUCCUGACAAGGCUAAGAGCCCAGCAAGCGCUUUUUAUGUUAAGCGAGGAUGGAGGUCUGACAGGAAUCCAAACAAACCCAAGAAGCCUGCAGGUGCUUUCUUCAUUUUCAUGGAGGACUUUAGGAAGCAGUUCAAGGAGGAGAAUCCAAAAAAUAAAUCUAAGGUCCCAAUCCAUAUAGCUGGUGGAGAGAAGUGGAAACAGUUGUCAGAUGCUGAAAAAGCUCCUUACAUGGCAGAGACAAGGAAAUGGCUGGCUGAUUACCAUAAGAAGAAGGAUGCUUAUAAGAAGCGAGUAGCUGCUGAAGAUUCUGAUGAAGAGAAAUCUUACAAGUCACUGUUCGAGGUUGAUUAG